AUGGCAGACUUGGGGGGUCAGCGUAACCGGAAUUACCGGCCUUAUGGCAACGGCCCUGCCUCGUCCGUGCAACGAGAUGCUGCGUACAACGACAUCUUCGGGAGCGCACCUCCUCCGGGGCGCUCCCAGACAAUGACAUCGCAGACCCCACAGUUCUCACAGGGUCGCGCUCAUACCAUGUCCUCGCAUGUGGCGCACCCUCAAUUUCAACGACCGCCACCCACACGGCAGCCACCUGCAAAUGGUUACGGACCCCCACCGUCCGCGCCGCCAAAUGGAUACCCUCCGGCACCGCCACCUGGUCAAUAUCAAGCCUACAACCCUGGGGCAGCGACCAUGUCCUCGCAGCCGCCGCCGGCUCGACAGUACCCAGGGGCAGCGGGACGAUUCGCAGCAUACCCCCAACCCCAACGCCUAGACUCUAGAUCUGGUCUACCGCCCCAGUACCCCAACCCCCGCGAUCCCGGCCGGCCAAUGCCUCCUCCUGCCUUGAAUUCCGACGCGACGAGAUCACGGUCAAUGGCCAAACUGAGUGGACCACCCUACCAGGCCGCCCCUGCCCCGCCGACUCCAUUCAAUCAUACAUCCUCGAGGGCCGCUCGUGAUCCGUACUACGCCGGUGCUUCAACGAAGACCCAGCUUGGACGGCCAGUUCCUGAGAGACACACUAACGAGAGGGCCAUGUCCAUGACCUCAUAUGCGACGGAUGCCAACCAUGCACACGUUAUGAACACCGGAAGGUCCAUUCCAGCUCGACGGCCCCCGUCAGGCCAUGAACAAAUGACACCGCCGCAAAGAUUCGACUCAAUGCCAGCUAAUGUAGCCGAUGCAUACGCUAGUAGACCCCGCCCUCCAAGUGAUGCUUCGAGCCGAUCCCGUACAAUGUCUAUGGCAUCGACUAUUACCCCGGAUCGAACAAUGAGUGUGCAGAGUCAGGCCACACAGAGUUCUAACGGUCAAACUACCCUUGUUUCCAGGGACUCGCAGCGCCGUGUUCCUGUGGUUUACCCAGCCCUGUUAUCCCUGGUCGCCGAUGUGUUUCGGGAGAAGAUCUCGCUUGGUGAGCGACAGAAGAACGGCUUGUCAUACCAGAAUUCUUUCUCGGGCACCGAUGCGGUGGACUUGAUCGCGAAUAUCAUUCGAACUAAUGAUCGUAACCUGGCACUCCUCUUGGGCCGUGCAUUGGAUGCUCAGAAGUUUUUCCAUGAUGUCACCUACGACCAUCGCCUUCGAGACGCUCCCGGAGAGGUUUAUCAAUUCAAAGAGACUCUGACCGAAGAUAGGGCAGUCGGUACGGAAGUCAAUGGUGUUUUCACUCUCCUGACUGAAUGUUAUUCGCCUACCUGCACUCGGGACAGUCUCUGUUACUCUAUUGCCUGUCCACGGCGCUUGGAGCAGCAAGCCAGGUUGAAUCUGAAGCCCCAGCCGAUUCUGAGAACUUCGGGAUCCAAGGGCAGCUUGCACAUUGAUGACGACGACGACAAUGAUAACCAAAAGCUGUGGAUCAACAUGGUUCCGAAGGAAAUUUCCGAGAAUGUGGACGACCACGAAAAGAAACGGCAGGAAAUCAUUUUCGAGAUCAUGUACACCGAACGUGAUUUCGUCAAGGACUUGGAAUACCUUCGAGAUUUCUGGAUGCGACCACUGCGCGCGGCCGGAACCAAUACUCAUUCUCCAAUUCCCGAACACAGGCGAGAGAAGUUCAUUCGGACUGUUUUUGGAAACUGUUUGGAGGUGUUGAAGGUCAAUAGCGCCCUUUGCGAAGCUCUGAAUGCUCGUCAAAAGGAAAGCCACGUUGUCAAGACUGUUGGUGAUAUUUUCCUUCAGCAUGUGCCCCGUUUUGAUCCCUUCAUCAAGUACGGUGCCAAUCAGCUUUACGGAAAGUUCGAGUUUGAGAAGGAGAAGGGGUCGAACCCUGGCUUUGCCAAGUUUGUCGAGGAUACCGAGCGUCUCAAGGAGUCUCGCAAGCUUGAACUGAACGGGUACCUCACCAAGCCUACCACUCGUCUUGCUCGAUACCCAUUGCUCCUGGAAUCGGUUCUCAAAAACACAUCGGAUGAUAAUCCCGACAAGGAGGACAUUCCCAAGGCUGUGAAACUCAUCAAGAGCUUCCUCUCGCGCGUGAAUACCGAGAGUGGUAAGGCCGAGAACCACUUCAACCUGGUGCAGCUGAACAAUUCAUUGAAGUUCAACCCCGGUGACUAUGUGGACUUGAAGCUGACCGAGGAGAACCGCCAAAUGCUCACGAAAAUGGCCUUCAAGAAGACCACUGGAGAAAGCUCGGAAGUGACUGCUUAUCUUUUCGAUCACGCAGUCCUACUUGUCCGUAUCAAGGUUGUGAAUAAGCGAGAAGAAUACCGUGUGUACAAGAAGCCUAUCCCUCUUGAGCUUUUGGUCAUUGCUCAGAUGGAUGAGGUUAUUCCUCGCCUGGGAAUUGCUAAACGGCCAUCAUCAAGUCUUCUGUCCAACAAAGUAGCUCCCGCCCCUCCACCAACCAAGGACGGACAGCUACCGAUCACGUUCCGCCAUCUUGGAAAAGGCGGCUACGAGCAGACGCUUUAUGCAACAUCUCCAACCCAGCGAAGGAAGUUCAUUGAGAUGGUUGAAGAGCAACAACGAAAGUUGUGGGAACGAAACAGCAACUUCUACAAUAAGACAGUUCUAUCUGAGAACUUUUUCUCGGCCAUCAACCGUGUCAAUUGCUGUGUUCCAGUUGAUGGAGGACGAAAGUUGGUCUACGGAACUGAUAGUGGCAUUUACCUGUCAGAACGCUGGCCCAAGGACAAGAACGCAAAACCAAGGAAGGUUCUAGAGGCCAGCCAGGUCACUCAAAUCGACACCUUGGAGGAGUACCAAUUGCUUCUAGUCUUGGCCAACAAGACUCUCCAGUCUUACCCCCUGGAUGCGCUCGAGAUUGGAGAAGGUCAAAAUAACCUGGCAAAGCGCCCGAAGAAGAUUCAAGGCCAUGCGAACUUUUUCAAAGCAGGUAUUGGUCUUGGCCGUCACCUGGUAUGCUCAGUCAAAACGUCCGCGUUGUCGAGUACCAUCAAGGUUUACGAGCCAAUGGACAACUUGGCCAAGGGCAAGAAGAAGUCUGCUGUCAGCAAGAUGUUCCAGAGUGGCCAGGAUACCCUUAAGCCAUUCAAGGAAUACUACAUUCCGGCUGAAUCUUCUUCGAUUCACUUCCUGCGCUCUACGCUGUGCGUCGGUUGCGCUCGUGGCUUUGAGGUUGUCAGUCUUGAAACAACCGAGACGCAAUCCCUCCUGGACCAGGCUGAUACAUCUCUCGAUUUCGUUGCCCGCAAGGAAAACGUCAAGCCCAUCCACAUUGAGCGUAUGAACGGAGAGUUCCUGUUGAACUACAGUGACUUCUCGUUCUUCGUCAACCGUAACGGCUGGCGUGCUCGUCCAGACUGGAGAAUUUCUUGGGAGGGUAACCCGACUGCGUUUGCACUGUCCUACCCUUACAUUCUGGCGUUCGAGCCCAACUUCGUCGAGAUUCGCCAUGUCGAGACAAGCGAGCUCAUUCACAUUAUGACUGGAAAGAACAUUCGUAUGCUGCAUUCUUCUACUCGUGAGAUCAUCUAUGCCUAUGAAGAUGAGAAUGGCGAGGAUGUGGUUGCUAGCUUGGAUUUCUGGAACAAGCCACAGCAGGUUUAG